AAAUUGCGUAAAUAAACAGCGGUGGUCGCUUCAUUGAUAACAGUGCGGGAAGACAGACAUAGGGCGGUAACGAAUACGUUGUUUUGUUAUCAAAACCAACGUUAGCAGUGCCAUUACGAGAUAGCUAAAUUGUUUUAAUCGACAAUCUGCAAGAAAGAACAAAAAGGCUUGUCACGCUUCCAUUAAAAGGGUACGAUAAAAGUGAAAUGGCUGUACGGAGGAUCACUCAGGAAACAUUCGAUACUGCGGUGAGGGAAAACAUCGACGAGUUUGAGAUGGAUCCUGACGAGGCUUUGAGGGAAGCUGUAGAGCAGUUUCAGUCUCAAGGCGUGGACCUCAGUUGUAUUGUAAAAGCAGUACCUGCUGUGCCGUCUGAUGACCAACAACAAGAGAAAACCCAUGAGAUCUUAAAGGCAUUGGAGUCCCUGCGUAUUGCAAAAGACUCUGCUGACAUUACCAAAGUGGCAGCAGAUCUAAAGUGUUUCACCGAGCAAUGUUUACUUGGAUUUGCUCAAAGAUACCUGGCGGCCCAGAAAGACGCAUACCCCAUCAUCCUCUCCUACUGUAAAAAGAAUGUUGGAGAGCAGGAAGCAGCGUUGGCUGCUCUGUGCGCCCUGGCUGCACUGACUGACGGACAACCGGACUUGUUAGACGCAGACGGACAACGCUUCCUCUUGGAUGUUCUCAAGAAGUACAGCGCUGAUUCAGCUGUGACGCGAGCCGCCCUCUGCGCUGUAAGACACUGCUGUUUGAAACACGAGCAGAACAGACAGGAUUUAGUCAAAGCAGGCGUCCUGCCUCUGCUGACUGACGCCGUCAAACAGCAUAGCGGCUGCGCUGAGGUGGUCAAGGAAGCCUCUGCAGCUCUCAGGGUCAUGACCUUCGACGAUGAUGUCCGCGUUACAUUUGGGCAUGCUCACGAGCACGCCAAAAGUAUUGUUCUUGAACAUAAUGGGCUCAAGGUGUUAAUAGAGUCUGCGAAAGCUCAUAAUGACAAUAUCUCUGUCUUGAGUGAGCUUUGCGCCACCUUGUCCCGUUUGGCCGUCAGGAACGAGUUCUGCCAAGACAUUUGUGACCUGGGAGGGCUGAAACUCAUUAUGACGCUGCUUGCAGACAGCUAUGAGUCACCGGAGUUGGUUCGGCAGGUCCUGAGUGCAAUACGAGCCGUCGCUGGAAAUGAUGAUGUAAAAGAUGCUGUUGUUAAAGCGGGUGGAGUCCAGCUCAUUGUCAUCGCCAUGAACAGACACCAGUCAAACUCCACUGUGUGUGAGCAGGGCUGCGCGUGCCUUUCCGUCCUUGCUUUACGUAAACCCAACAACUGCAAGGUCAUCAUGGAGGAAGGAGGUGCCUUAGCUGCUGUACAGGCUAUGAAGGCUCACACUGAUGCUGUGAAUGUGCAGAAACAGGCAUGCAUGCUGUUGAGGAACCUGGUGUCGCGUCAGCCCAGCUACAGCCAAUUGAUUCUGGACAUGGGAGUGGAGGCCCUCAUAGCGCAAGCACUACGGACCCAUCAAGACUGCAGCGAUGCCGCUAAAGCUGCCCUCAGGGAUCUGGGCUGCCAGGUGGAGCUACGAGAGCUGUGGACUGGCAAACAUGGCAGCAUCACCAACUGAAAAGAGUGGAGAGAGGAGCUUACAGUGAAAUGUCUUGUAUUCAAUCAAACAAAACCCAAUCUGAGGGAAUAGCUUUUAGGGGUAAGACUGUUGAGGACACUUACAGUACAAUGAAUGUUUAUUUUAAUUUUCACCUGAUGUGUUCAUUUUUUUUUACCGUUUCGAUCCUUACAAUGGUAAAAAGUCACAUUACCAAAGGUCAAUUCAUGCCAAACUACAAAUCACGAUACAGUGAAAAGUGGUUGUUUAAGAAUUUUUAAGGUUUUGAUGUUUUAAUAUGAUAAUUAUGUGACCAAGCAGUUGUAGAAUCAACUCAAUGAAACUCUUACGUGCACAUGAGACUACAAAACAGCACCCAUACAACACCACGUCUUUUUCAAUGUUUUGACAAGACUAAAAAGGUCAUACGUGUUUUAUUUUGAUAUAUUGUUUACAAAUGUUAUAUGUAACACUUAUUGUUGGCACAUAACAAAUGUGCAGCGCACAUUCAUUGUCCACUAUACAAAUUGCAUUGCUCUGAAACACACCUCCAGGCUGACAGUGCCAGGUAUUUUAUAGUAAUUUAUUCACACUUUUCUCGGUUGAUAAAACAUUCCCGUAUUAAAAAAAAAUCAUAUUAUGCGCUGUUUUCUUUAUUUGUGGAUGGAAUUUGCUUAUUUGUCUUUUACUUGGAUGGGUGGAUGAAUGGAUUGCCUUAUAACGUAAUUUGUUGUGCUGCUUAAAAGUUAUGUGAAUAAACUAAAACUGAA